UUGAUGCUUGAUGUGGAGUAGCGAAGGGCGCAAUGAUGUAGAAACAAAUGGUUGAGGAAGGAAUAUAAGAAUGGAGUGGUCAAGCGGCUGUAGGAGCUUGGUGGCGGUGGUGGUGGUGGCCGGAAUUCGUUUCAGAGAGAACGGAAGCAGUUCUUCUUCAGGUGAACGGAAAUGAAGGAUGGAAAUCGAGCUCUGACGAACGGCGGCUCUUACGGAUCUUCCAGAUUCUCCACUCUUUUGGCUUCUGGAGAUCGUGACUAUCUCGUCUCUUCCACCGGAGCUCAGGUCAAAGUGUCGAAUCUCGACGGUAAGGUCCUGGGCCUUUACUUCUCUGCCAACUGGUACCCGCCGUGCCGGAGCUUCAACAAGAUUCUGGUCCGAACUUACGAGGAGCUCCAAGAAAAUGGGUCGAAUUUUGAAGUGGUUUAUGUGUCCUCCGACGAGGAUUCCGACGCCUUCAAUGAGUACCGUGCGAGUAUGCCGUGGCCGGCGAUUCCAUUCUCCGACUUGGAAACCAAAAUUGCUUUGAACAGGAAAUUCGAGAUUGAAGGCAUUCCGUGUCUGAUUAUAUUGCAGCCGCGUGAAAAUAAAGAUGAAACGGCGACGUUGCAUGAAGGAGUGGAGGUUGUUUACCGAUAUGGGGUCGAUGCAUUUCCUUUUACGAAGGAGAGAUUGGAGCAGCUGAAGGAUGAGGAUAGAGAAAAGGAAGAGAAUCAGACAUUGUCUACUUUGCUCACAAAUGGCAACAGAGAUUAUCUUUUGGGUUAUCCUAUCCCGAAACAGGUCCCUGUUGUUUCAUUAGUAGGCAAGACCGUGGGGCUCUACUUCUCGGCGAAAUGGUGUCUUCCCGGUAUGUUCACGCCCAAGCUGAUUGCUGUCUACGACAAGAUAAAGCAAAUGGUAGCAACGAAAGAAAACGAAGAUUUCGAGAUUGUUUUUGUGUCGAGUGAUCGAGACGAGGACUCGUUCAAUUCUUACUUCGGUUCGAUGCCGUGGCUAGCAUUGCCAUUUGGAGACCCAAUGAUUAAAAACCUUGCCAAACAUUUUGACGUGCAAGGCAUCCCUUGUUUGAUAAUCUUAGGUCCAAAUGGCAAGACAGUCACCAAACAAGGUAGAAACCUAAUAAACUUGUACAGGGAAAAUGCUUAUCCAUUCACCGAAGCUAAAUUGGAGGAGCUGGUGAAAGAAAAGGAGGAAGAGGCGAAAAACCUCCCGACGUCGGUGCGCCACGUCGGACAUAGACACGAGCUGAAUUUGGUGUCUGAAGGAAAUGGGGGAGGACCGUUCAUAUGCUGCGAGUGUGACGAGCAGGGUUGUGGAUGGGCUUAUCAGUGCCUGGAUUGUGGAUUCGAGGUGCAUACAAAGUGCGUCGAGACGAGCAACCACGACUCUCCCUUCCAUGGGAGGUGAUGCUGAUGAAGGUGUGACCUCUUGCUCUUUUUAAACCAAAUUGAGAUUAAAUUGCUUUGUUAUUUUAGCUCUUUAUUUCCUUUUCAACUUCCUAAUUUUUAAGGACAAUCUGCAGCUUGAAAACAAUUUGAUCUGUAAAUUAUUUUAGCCAGGGAUUUACUAAUUUCCAUUUUCUAAUGAUUAUGGAUUUGUCAUAAUGCCUUGAUGAUGGGUAUAUAUAAGUUGUGAGAUAAGCCAGGCUCUACAACUCGUUUUAAUCAAUAGCAACUUAUUGUGUUUGGUCG